AUGUGGUGCCGGCCAGAGGCGCAAAUUUUGGAUGGAUGGGCUCGGCGCGUCAUCGCCAAAGGCGAAAAAAAAGAAGAAAAAAAAGUCACCUGUGGGGAUGACAGAGAGGGGUUUGGUGGCAUCCAGGCCCAGCCACUGCGUUCUUUCUUCUUUCUCUUCUGCACUUCGAUGGCGACACAGGCAGACGCUUGUCCUUCCAGGGAACAAGAAGGUCGAUCAUCGGCCGGUCGGGGACACUUCUCACCGAGACGGCCGAGCAAGAAAAAGGUGACCAAAGAUAUGUCUCUCAACCGCGUCUCCUCGCUCGGCGAGUUCGAGUUCGUCCCCGGUGAUCCCGUAACGAGGUCCCGGCGCGGCUCCGACGCCUCGGUGCUCUCUGCCCGAGCUCAAAAGCUCACCUUCAACCCUCUCGUUGUUCCCGACAACAACGGAAAUGUCGUUCACCCCGUUGCUCCGGCCGAUGCCAUCGGUGCCUUUGAGGUCCCUAGAUGGAAGAGGAUCUUGCAGAUCGCCUCGGCUGUUUUCUACUGCGUCUUCGCAUCGGGCAUUGUCUUUGGCUACGCGGCCAUCAAGCCUGUGCUUAAGGGCGAGGGGGUUUACCGGGAGGUAUGCUCCCGCGAAUCUGUCGAGGGCCUCGACGAGGAUACGUGUGUCGAGAUACGCAUGAACCUGAUGUUUACCGUCGCUGCCGUCUCAACAAACGUGGCCGCCCUCCCGAUCGGCGCCAUCCUUGACCACGCCGGCCCGCGCGUCUGCGGUCUGCUCGGCAGUUUCUUCCUGGCCGGCGGAGCUGCUAUCCUUGCCCACGCCGAGCAGCUGCCUUUCGACGGAUACCUCGCGGGCUACCUUGGACUUGCGCUGGGAGGCCCCUUCAUCUACAUGGGUUCGUUCCACCUGUCCAACGCGCUGCCCAGGUCGGGCCUGAUAUUGGCCCUCUUGACGGGCGCGUUUGACUCAUCCAGCGCUGUCUUCCUGAUUUAUCGGAUUGUAUACCAGGCCACAGAGGCCGGCUUCGGCCUGAGGAGCUUCUUUCUGGCAUACUUGGUCGUGCCAGCUGCCAUCAUUCUCCUACAGCUCACGCUGCUGCCAAAGAACUCGUACAAGACGGUGGGAGAGAUGAUUGAGGGUAUCAAGGAGCCCGAUGGUCUUGAGGGGACUUGCGAUCAAAUCGAUGAGCAUACCGCACUGCUUCAGGAAGAGGCCAGGCAGCGGCGUGAGGAGCAGGUCGGGGAGCUGCUGGGCACGACCAGGAUGGACACUCAGGUCAACCGGGAGGUGCGCCAGAACAUCAAAUCUGGUGUCUGGGGCAUCAUGCACAACAGCACCAUCAAACAACAGCUGCUGUCCCCGUGGUUCAUUCUCAUCAUGCUAUUUACUGUCAUACAAAUGACGAGGAUCAACUAUUUCGUGGCCACCGUUCGGCCACAGUACGAGGCCCUCCUCGGGAGUCACGACCGCGCCGUCGAGGUUAACAAUUUCUUCGACCUCGCCCUGCCCCUGGGUGGUAUUGUUUCCAUCCCAUUUAUCGGCAUGAUUCUCGACAACACCAGAACCGUCACGGUCCUCAUCACGCUAGUCGCGGUAGCCACGGCGAUUGGCGUUCUUGGAGUUAUUCCCUAUGCGUGGGCAGCAUAUAGCAACAUCUGUCUCUUCGUCCUGUACCGCCCAUUCUACUACACUGCUGUUUCCGACUUCAGUGCCAAGGUGUUUGGCUUUAGGACAUUUGGGGUUGUUUACGGAACCAUCAUCUGUCUCAGCGGCCUCUUCAACCUCUCCCAGCCGGGCUUGGACUAUCUCUUCCAUAAGACAUUCCAAGGAGACCCGGUCCCUGUGAAUCUUAUACUGGCGUCGGCCGGCCUAGCGGUGGGAAUCUCUCUGGUUGUAUAUGUCGGCACCAAAUCUCGGAGGAUCAGCCGCAAUCUUCUUGAGCAAGAGGCUGAGUCGGCCUUUGCGGACCGAGAGGCAUGCUGA